AGCUGGCGAGUCCUCCCAAGUCACCAGCAGUGGAAGAAGUGCCAGGACUACAAAUCUUGGACUACACUGCCUGGUCCUCCCGACCUCUAGGGGGCGAGCUGGCGAGUCCUCCAGGCGAUGGCGAGUGAUGGAGGAAGGCGGGAGGAGGAGGCGGCGGCGGAGGCUGAGGCUGAGGCGAGCUGAGGGGGUGGCACCACGUCGAUGGAUGGACCGCCGUCUGCUGUGGAGAUGCCGCUUGGUGCUCGCUGCGUCCUUCUUCAGGGGUCGGGGCCCGGGAACCUUCUGAAUGUUGUAGUCGACAGGGCAGCACUCUGCAUAUCGCCAACUUGGACAAUUUCACAUUUUUAUUAUCAGGCCAAUUAAUCAAGCCAAUUAUAACCUGCAAACCCGCACGUCUUUGGAGUGUGGGAGGAAACCGAAGUUCUCGGAGAAAAGCCGCGCAUAUCACGGGGAGAACGUACAAACUCCACACAGACAGCGCCCGUAGUCGGGAUCGAACCUGGGUCUCUGGCGCUGCCGGCAGAGGAGACGGACGGAGCCGUCUGGACAACCGCGGGGUGGUCGUCGGCCUCGCUCGGCCCGCAGUCAAUGGAGCGCUGACUGAAGGCACUCCAGAGAGCCAAGCACCUUCACAAUGAAUCUAGCCCGACUUGUCUGUCGACACAAAACAGCCCUUGGUAUUGGCACCUUGUCCAUGUUUGCACUGAUGUUACUUUACCUGGCCAAAUGCACCUUGGAGACGCUGACUCCGGGCUUGCCUCACGGGCUGGAGAGGCGAGCGGAAGUUCAAGGCCAGAGCAGGGCCAAGGGAUUCUCAGCCUUUCUCGUGCUGCUGAUCACCACUGGCCCAAAGUACACCGAGAGGAGGAGCAUCAUCAGGAGCACGUGGCUGGCUAACCGAGACUCCGAAAUACUCCCUUACUUUGCCAUCGGCACCAAUGGGCUCACACCAGACGAGGUUCAAAACCUGGAGCAGGAGAACAGUCGCCAUCAUGAUCUACUGCUACUCCCGGACUUAAAGGACUCGUAUGAGAACCUUACCAACAAGAUUCUUCACAUGUACGCUUGGCUAGACCAAAAUGUGGACUUUAAGUUUGUCCUGAAAGCAGACGACGACACAUUUGCCAGGUUAGAUAUCAUUAAAGAAGAACUGAAAGCAAAAGAGCCAAAGAAACUCUACUGGGGUUUCUUCUCUGGACGAGGAAGAGUUAAAUCAAAUGGAAAAUGGAAGGAGAGCACUUGGGUACUGUGUGACUAUUAUUUGCCUUAUGCUCUUGGAGGUGGGUACGUUCUCUCUUCUGAUAUCGUGCACUACAUUCACAUUAACAUUGAUUAUCUGAAGGUCUGGCAGAGCGAGGACGUGUCUUUGGGUGCUUGGUUGGCACCAAUCGAUGUCAAACGCAUCCACGACCCACGGUUUGACACGGAGUACAAGUCGCGCGGGUGCAACAACAGGUACAUCGUGACGCACAAGCAGAGUAUCGAGGACAUGCUGGAGAAACAGCAGACACUACAAAGGGAAGGGAAACUGUGCAAAGAGGAGGUCAAAGUAAGACUCUCGUACAUCUACGAUUGGUAUGUCCCGCCAUCUCAGUGCUGCCAGCGAAAGGAUGGCAUCCCCUGAUCUUCAACGUAGCCCUGGCAAGGAGAACUCACUGAGACCUGUUUGGAGAAUUCAAAGUGGUGGAGUGGAUGUCAGUGCAGGAAAUCUCUCUGUGAAAGGGACUCCAGCACCAUUGUUCCGUACUUUGCCCACGCAUUGGUCUUUUCCUAAUUUCGAGUCUGCGAGAUUGCACACUUGGUGUUUUUUUUCCCAAAAGGCACAAAGCUGCUGUUCUUCCUGCUCAGAGUGGAGAAUAGGUCAUUAUAGUGCCACGGAUUCAAUCCUUGUCUGACUCCCAUCGCAGACAGGCUUUACAUUGAUGUACAAUGUCAUCCUUUCUCAUCGUUUCUGGGUGCAAAUGGGGCACUGAAGAAUUCCUGGUGUUAACUUAUUCCAACAGUUGUUACUGAGAGGUCCCUGUCUCCUUUGUACUUGUAUUUAAUUGCACAAGAGCCAAAAACUCUAGGAUUUGUCUAAAUCAACAAUGGUAAAUGAAAAAAUAUUUGCGUGUAUGCAUAUGCAUCUCUGUUUAUAAUUGGGUAUAAAUUAGCAACAUAUUUGGGUAGAAGCCUUUGGCUUGACUGAGCCUUGCAUUUUGUUGAUUUGUUCUUGUCCAGUUAGAAUUUGCUCUCAACUGACAAUGUUGCCAUCUCGCAAGUAAAAUUUACUAAACUAAAUGCUGGUUUUAAACUCGGGCAGCAACACAUUCUUGUUUUAAAACAAAGAGAUUGGAGUCCAGGUUAAAUUGUAUAAAAUAUUGCAAUAGUGCCCUCCAUAAUGUUUGGGACAAAGGCCCAUCAUUUAUUUAUUUGCCUCUGUACUCCACAAUUUGAGAUUUGUAAUAGAAAAAAAAUCACAUGUGGUUAAAGUGCACAUUGUCAGGUUUUAAUAAAGGCCAAUUUUAUACAUAUUGGAUUCACCAUGUAGAAAUUACAGCAGUGUUUAUACAUAGUCCCCCCCCCCCCAUUUCGGGGCACCAUAAUGUUUGAGACACAGCAAUGUCAUAUAUAUGAAAGUAGUCAUGUUUAGUAUUUUGUUGCAUAUCCUUUUCAUGCAAUGACUACUUGAAGUCUGCAAUUCAUGGACAUCACCAGCUGCUGGGUGGCUUCUCUGGUAAUGCUCUGCCUUGUUUUGGGGGCUAGUCCCCUUCAGUUUUCUCUUCAGCAUAUAAAAGGCAUGCUCAAUUGGGUUCAGAUCGGGUGAUUGAUUUGGCCAUUCAAGAAUUUACCAUUUUUUAGCUUUGAAAAACUCCUGUGUUGCUUUAACAGUAUGUUUGGGAUCAUUGUCUUGCUGUAGAAUGGUUCUUGGUUUUACUUGAUCCUCCAAAAUAUUCCAAAUGGAAUUUAAACUGGAGGUGGGCCGGCCAAUGAGUUUUGAGGCAUUUGUUUGAACUUGAGCAGAUAGGAUGUGUCUAUACACUUCAGAAUUAAUUAUGCUACUACCAUCAGCAGUUGUAUCAUCAAUUAAGAUAAGUGAGCCAGUGCCUUCAGCAGCCAUACAUGCCCAGGCCAUAACACCCCCACCACCGUGUUUCACAGAUGAGGUGGUACGCUUUGGAUCUUGGGCAGUUCCUUCUCUUCUCCAUACUUUUCUCUUGCCAUCACUCUGAUAUAAGUUAAUCUUCUUCUCAUCUGUCCACAAGACCUUUUUCCAGAACUGUGGUUGCUCUUUUAAGUAUUUCUUGGCAAACUAACUAUUUUUGCAGCUAACCAGUGGUUUACAUCUUGCAGUGUAGCCUCUGUAUUUCUGUUCAUGAAGUCUUCUGCAGAUAGUGGUCAUUGACAAAUCCACACAUGACACCCGAAGAGUGUUUCUGAUCGGUUGGACAGGUGUUUGUGGACUUUUCUUUAUUAUAGAGAGAAUUCCUCAGUCAUCGGCUGUGGAGGUCUUCCUUGGCCUGCCAGUCCCUUUGCAAUUAGUAAGCUCACCAGUGCUCUCUUUCUUC